CCAGUGGCAGUAGACUGUAGGGCGUUCCCUUCCCUUGUAAAAUUCUAAGGGCCGCCGUUUGCUUUCUUGCUUCAGCAAUGGUUGGUGCCUAACGAUCUGGCGAAGUUCUAGCUAGCUGGUUCUCACCCUUCAUAGAACCAGCUGUGCUGCUGCAUUUGCGGUUUGAGAAAUGCUAAGUUUCUCUCACUUGAUAGAGACGGGGCAAGUCUGACAAAUCAGAGAGCCAGUUUCUCGGUUCCCAAGUUCCGUCUGAGUUUUUGGAACAUUUAGAGUCGGGGUCAACGUUUGCUUUUAGUGGUAGUUUGCUAGGUUUUGCUUCUUGGCGCUCGUCAAACCCCACCCCCUCUGCAGGGCACAGCCAACUUUUGUGAAACAUGGACCACGAGUUUGACUUUGCGGACUUUAGUGACGAUGAAAUAGAAGAUGAUUUGGCUGGGGAGCAGGUCGGGUCUGAGGCAGAGUCUCACGAGGACGAGAGCAACUUGCAACCGAUGGAAGAAUCUCCGAGUGACUCGGAUGCAGAGGAAGAAGAGGGCGAAGAAUCCUUAGACACCACCGCGGCUCAGCACAGACAAGGCAAGGAUAUUCAGGGGAUCCCUUGGGAGCGAAUGCACUUCACAAGGGAACGUUACAGGGAGACCCGAUUGCAACAGUACAAAAACUAUGAGAACCUGGAUGUUGCGCAUGAAGAGCUAGAAAAGGUCUGCCAGCCCGUCACUUCGGGUGCCAAGCUGUUUGACUUCCAGUACAAUGCGCGGGGGGUGAAGUCGACUGUAGUCCACUUCCAGUUGAGAAACUUGGUGUGGGCGAACUCCAAGCACGACAUCUACGUGAUGCACCACUUUGCGAUCAACCACUGGUCGCCACUACAGAACAAAGUGACACAGGUCAUCAAUCUGAGUGGACAGAGCUGGCAGGACCAGCUGAGCGGGAUCCCGACGGGCGGCAUGGAGCGGGUGCAGAUCAGCACCAUGUGCGUCAGCAAGAACCUGCUGGUGGCAGGCGGGUUCCACGGCGAGAUGGUCUGUAAGAACUUGGAGACUCCCACGGUCUCGUACAGCGGCCGCAUCACGCACGCAGACAAUGCAAUCACAAACGCAAUUGAGGUCACGGACAGUCCAAGCGGGGCUGUCCGCAUGCUCACGUCCAACAACGACUGCAUCGUGCGCGUCUUCGACGGCGCCUCCUUCGCCAUCCUCUCCCGUUUCUCCUUUCCCUGGGCGGUUAACCACACCUCGGUUAGCCCUGACGGGAAGCUGGUUUGCGUGGUCGGGGACGAUCCCGAGGGCCUGAUCGCUGAUUUCCAGACGGGGAAACCGGUGGCCAGCCUGCGGGGCCAUCUGGACUUCUCGUUUGCGACGGCGUGGCACCCAGACGGGCGGGUGUUUGCGACGGGUAACCAAGACACGACGACAAGGUUAUGGGACGUACGAAACCUGAAGGAGUCGGUGAAGGUGCUGAAGGGGCGCAUCGGCGCCAUCCGGUCGCUGCGCUUCUCGGGCGACGGGCGGCACCUGGCGAUGGUGGAGCCCGCGGACUUUGUCCACGUCUUCGAGACGGGGAGGGACUACGGGCGGUGUCAAGAAAUUGACCUCUUUGGGGAGAUUGCCGGGGUAUCUUUCAGCCCCGACGGGGAGGCCCUUUUCGUGGGUGUUUCGGAUCGGACGUAUAGUAGCCUCCUCGAGUAUAGUCGGAUACGAAGAGAAAGAUGUGCUGAGUACUUUUGAAGUUCCUGAUAUCGGUGGUUAAGAGGGUUUUGUUCUGAUACAAUGUUGUUUAGCUGGUGGCACACUGUAGAGCAUGUGUCACAUUGAGGAGAUUACCUCAGGUGGGCAAACUGAGGAGCAGUGAGGGACAUUGCUUUUGUAAAUACGUGAAAACUGGAAAGACGUGCGGUAUAGAUCAGGUGAGGUAUGGCUUCGGUAGUAUUUCUUAGAGUAGUCAUAAGUCAGUUAAGCAUGCAGGCUUGCGGGGCAUGCUGAAAGACAUCCAACAUAGCGGUUUGUAUAUAGUAUGCAUGCAUUACGGGUACAGCCUGUUUGCGGAUUGCAAAAGUUGCUGGUCAGCUG